CUUGGUGUGACGCUUCUUGCCACGACUGCUUACUUGGGCCAAGCGGAGCUUAUUGAACGCAGACCAGAGCUAGCCAAAUAUCAGGAUGCAUGGAAGUCACUCAUUACACCAGGGAAAUAUUACCUGUACAUGAGGACCUAUGAGGAGGAACCUUUCUAUGGCUACAAGCAGAGAUGUGUCUUCACUGAACUUAUUUCGGUUAACGAAAAAGAAAAUUACACAGUCAACAACUUUGGAUCGCUUAACCCGAAGGACGGUUCAGUGAAAAAUGGAACUGCUUAUGCCUGGGUGAAGACAUCGGACGAUUACCCUAUUCCCAAUGUUAUCGAAUCUUCGAAUACACUCGGAAAGGAAUUCACGGUCGACUACAUAAUGGCCUUUUUGGAGUACGAUAACUGCGAGAUAAUGAGACUGCCUCACAGGAAAAAUGGGUGUGAACUUUGGGUGAAAGUUGCAGAAAUCGAGAAGAUCAAGUCACUAUGCUUCUUCAUAUACCACCUGCUCUGCGGACCAGAAAAGUACAUGGUAUAUGAUAAGGAGUUGUGCAGAGGAGUAUAAAUUUCUCCCGCAGGCGCCGUUCUUGAAACAGCGGAAAUCGAAGUCGUCCUUGUGGUGGAAUUGACGAGUGGCUUGCGAUAUUAUAAUUUUGUAUUUCUUCUGUU